AUGGACCCGGACAACGUUCAAGCUCUGGCUUUCAGAGAUGCUUAUCAUGUCAACUCAACUCUCCUUCGCCAGAGAGACACGAUCGAAGGACGGGCGAAAAGGGAGAAGAAGAAAAGAAAAAAGCAACAAGGAAGAAAAAGCAAGUCAGUAGGAGAUCUCUCUCUCUCUCAAGAGGAGAUACCGAGGAUAUAUUAUUAUUUUGCACCAGACAAGCAGGACGAAGGAGGGAAGAAGGUGAUGGAUGGGCCAGCCGGGUGGACUAUUCCAACGCCACCGGAAAUAAGGAUCGCAGAGGGCAACCAGCGAGAGCGAGAGCGAGAGGAAGAGAAGAAGAAGAACGACCGAACCGACCGCGGACCAGCGUAUCUGCCCGUUCUUCGGGGAUCCCAGCACCUGCAGCAGCCAGCAGAAACUGCCCGUAAGGAACCCGAGAGAGCGAGACAGCGAGAACAGCGUGAGAGAGAGAGAGAGAGGGACCCAAGUCUUGCAACGCUUGCAACGGCACCAGAACAGCCUGGCCGGACAGGGACAGCCAAAGAGGAGCCAGAGGAUGAGCCGGGGGCUGCAUCCGGACGGGGCCCUUGGUCAUCCCUUAAUAAUAACAUUAUAUCGAAGCUCUGUCUCUCUCUCUCUCUUGGUCUGGGAAGACGACGAUGGCGCUACCGAAGACGAGCGGGCCGCGUGCCAAACCACGCCAUCGUUCCCUUUAAUCUGCUAGCCGUUGUCUAUCUCUGUCUCUGUCGCUCUCUGUCUCUCUCUGUCUCUCUCUCUGCGCUGGGUGCCGGAGGAAGGGGGAGAAACGAAGGGGGGGUCCCCAUGCAGGGCGUGGGGAGGCCGGCCACGUUUUUUGCUGGGCAGAGCCGGGGCUGCGAUAAUACGAUAGAGAGGAUCAUAAUAUAUGUCGUCUCUGCUAGUGCUCCUCCACCGUUGCUGGCUGGCUGGCUGGCUGGUGGUUGUGGUGGUGGUGGUGAUGUCAAAAGAGAGAGAGAGAGAGAGAUAGCUGGUGGCGUCUAA